UUUGAGAAGAAAUUUGCAGUUGUAAUUGAAGGAAAAAAAAAUGUCGGAAGUCAGAAAGCAAAGAUGGUCUCUGGAGGGAAUGACCGCUCUUGUCACUGGAGGAACCAAAGGCAUCGGGUUUUCGAUAGUAGAAGAACUAGCAGAAUUUGGAGCAACAGUACACACAUGUUCACGCAACCAAACGGAGCUCGAUGACAGAAUUGGGGAAUGGAAGAGUAAGGGGCUAAAAGUAAGCGGCUCAGUUUGUGACAUGAAAAUUAGAGCUCAGCGGGAGAAGCUGAUGGAAACUGUCUCUUUGAUGUUUGAUGGCAAGCUCGACAUCCUUGUGAACAAUGCUGGAACCACUAUAGCUAAAGAAAGCACGGAUUUCACUGCCGAGGAUUUCUCAACUUUAAUGAUUACCAAUUUCGAGUCAGCUUAUCAUCUAUCUCAACUUGUACAUCCCCUAUUAAAAGCAUCUGGAAAAGGGAGAAUUGUCUUUGUUUCCUCUGUAGCAGGCCUAAUAGCUCUACCUCGAUGUUCUAUUUAUGGAGCAACUAAAGGAGCAAUGAAUCAAGUGACAAAGAACUUGGCGUGUGAGUGGGCAAAGGACGAUAUUCGUGUGAAUGCAGUUGCGCCAUGGAUUAUCAGAACCCCACUAAUCGUUGCUCUAGAAGAAGAUCCCCAAUCAAAGAAAACUGUAACUCAGCUAAUAUCCCGCACUCCUAUUACCCGUGCCGGAGAGCCUAAUGAGGUUUCAUCAGUGGUAGCAUUCUUAUGCCUCCCAGCGGCUUCAUAUAUCACCGGGCAGGUUUAUUGCGUUGAUGGAGGAUACACUGUCAACGGGUUCUAGGCCAACUCAAGAUCAAAAAGAUCUUAUCAAUCAAGGCUUUUGCUAUGGCUGAUGCUGUCUAAUGAAUUCUCUAUUUGACACAGACAACUGUUGCUGUCUUUUAGUUGUUGAUAAUGUCAUCAUGCUCUAAAGUUUACAUCUUUGUGUCUAGAAUGAAAAUUAAUU